AUGGGUGUACCGUACAAUCUAUAUGGAAAUCCCCAGUACUAUCAACAUUAUAAUAACCAAGAGCUGGGGGAAGAUAGAAGAUUGAAUCCACCUUUAGUCAAUCAACCAAUACCCGAGAAUCAAUUGGGCGAUAAUCGAUAUUAUUAUCCCAGAUUAGAUGGUCAAAAUCAUCAUGGUGAAAUUCCGAUACAGUCAUUUUAUACUGGACCAAUUUUAAAUCCACCAUUUCCUAAUCAUCCAAUGCAAAGAGGACCUGGUCAAUUGAAUGAAAAUGUUAAUUUUGGCUUUGUACCGAUGAACUAUAAUCAACCCCAUUUACAAUCAUAUUUAGGACCUUAUUCUAAUAGAACUUAUGAUACUGACCCAAGUAAAGGUGGAUAUCAACAAAUGAUGCCUGUUAAUAGUGUGAUUUAUCCCAUACCUACUGUGCCUCACAAUAUUAAUCACUUGGGCCCCCAGACUAGUAAUAGUUCAACACAUAGUCCAACACCUAAUCUUCCCAACCUUAAUGUACCAACUCCUCCUAAUGUUAAACCCAGAGAACCUUCAAAUAAACGAAAGAAAUCACUUGCAGGGAUUUAUAAACCCACCAAACCCAAGGAGAAUUUCAAGCCCAGGAUCAACAAAUUGAGUACUUCAGGAUUCAAAAAUAAUUCAAAAUCACCUAUAAAGAGUUUUGAAAGAAUGUCGGAAAUUUCAAUUGAUCCAUUAUUCCUUCAUUUCCAGAAUUCCUUGAAGAUCUCCAAAGAAAAGCUAAACACUUCGGUACCGCCAUUCUUUCAAGUAAAGAAUGACUUAGAACGGAAAUUGUUCGAUUUAUUUGUUCACCAAGUAUCAAGAUGUAUGGAUAUGUUUAUGAUUAAAGAUUUUUUCACAGAUAUCGUACCCCAAAUGGCAUUAAUGGAUGAAACAGGGAUGAUCUUAUCAUCAAUGUUCACAUUAAGUGCUUUAAUGUUACAGCGAGUUGAUCCAAGUUUAAUUGAUGAAUCAAUUCCUAUGAAUUAUUAUCAUGAAACCAUCAGAUCUAUUAGACAUCAUAUCAGUAAUAGUUCCAACACCGAUGAAGAUGGAGUCAUUGCCAGAUGUUUAUUAAGUACUAUAUUACUUUGUGUUUAUGAAAUGUUCUUCUUGGCUACUGAUAACACUUAUGUCAAAGGAGCUGCAAGUUUAUUAACAUCCAUUAUCAACAAAUAUCAAGAUGAUAGUCCUUUAACAUCAUCGCCAUUUUUACAAAUGUGUUUUUGGGCAAUGUUCGUUUGUGAUUUGAUCUUAUCGUUGAAAUUCAACUUACCAACAAUGUUUUCAGUGAAUUCCUUCUGGAGACAAAUUGAUCCAUUAUUCAUUGAAAACUUCGAUAAACCCAAGAAUCUUGAUGAAAUUUCUAAUGAUCUUUUCUUAAGUAGAACAGAAUCCAUUUGGUGGUUACAUAAAGCAUUGUUGGAUUUCAGUGUUAUAAAUGAGUUCAAUUAUAAUCAAACUGUGCAAACAGAAGAAGAUUUCAAGAAUAAUAAAUCGUUCAAUGAUUGGAAAUUAUUAAAUAACAGAAUCAACGAAUAUGGAGAUUCCAUGCCUUUAGCAUUGAAACCAUUGAUUUACCAACCAAGUUCAGACGAUUCAUCAUAUCCAACAAUUUAUUUCCGAGAUGAAUUAUCGGCUUUAAUCCACUUACAGUUCAAACUUUCAAAGAUUUCAUUAUAUCAAGGGUUGAUCCAAAGAACCGAUGUUAAUUCUACUGAGACACAAAAGACGUUGAAUGAGUUACCUAGUAAUCAUGCCAAAUUAUUAGCUAAGGAUAUAAUAGGUAUUUUAAAGACUUAUGAUUUGAACCUCUAUUUAUGGCCCAUUAAUAUCCAUACCAUCAGAGUGGUUGCCAGAUAUUUACAUGAAGAUGAAGAGGAAUAUAAGGAGUUGGAAUCUUUGAUGGAGAGAGUUAUUGAUACUUGUCAUUUCAUAUUCCAGAGUAAGGUUAUCAUUGGUUAA